UUCAGAGGACACUGAUGACAUCACAAAGUCAGAGGUGUCACAAAGGCCCCAGGCCAAUAUGAGGCAGCCGCCCAGGGAUCCUGCAGCAGAAAGUCGCAGUGGCCUCUCAGGAGACCCGGGACAGCGGGAUAGUCACGCUGGGCCGAUCCGGGACCGCACCCAGCCAACAUGUCUCGGAAAAGAAACCUCCCGCAAUGCAAUCCUCCUAAGAAGCAGGCCCUCUCGCGCUCCUCAAGAGCAGAGCUGCAAUUCCCGGUGAGCCGCGUGGACCGCUACCUGCGAGAGGGUCGCUAUGCGCAGCGCCUGAGCUCGCACACCCCUGUGUUCCUGGCCGGUGUCCUCGAGUACCUGACGGCCAACAUCCUGGAGCUGGCGGCCGGAGAGGCCCACAGCAGCCGCAAGAUGCGCAUCGCCCCCGAGCACGUGCAGAGGGCCAGGAGCCACAACGAGACCCUCAGCAGCCUCUUCCAGGCCAGCAGCGUCUCCCGGGGGGCUGAGGAGGAGGCCGAGGAGCCCCUGCCCGAGGCCGGGCGGUGAGACCUGGGUCCCGGAGCCGGGCCAGACCUCAGCGGUGGCCUCAUCCCGCCCGACACUGCGUGUGGCUGAGGAAGGUCUGGUCCCCUUUAAGGUCUCGCAGCCAUUAAAGUCCAUGGCGGUGGUACCUCAGACGCCUGUCUGUUUCUGUCACGUGUCGUUGUCCGCGGGACCCCCAGGAGGGGCUCGGGGUGCGGGUGGGGGGCCGGGAGGUGUG